AUGGGUCAGGCGAAUUCGACAGCGGGAGAAUGGCCCUACCCUGACUUCGCAAUUCCAGCGAAUCUCAGUGCACCCUCGCUUUCAACCCUCAACCAACCUUCCACGCCUCAUCUUAACGAAUCGGAAUCAUCCCGAGCCUCGCUUGCAAGCUUGGAAAAACUCCUAACCGAGGAGGACUGGGUCCACGACGCGGUCUCUAAUCUCCUCACGCAAUACGUCGAGAAGAUCUCCAGCGCCGCGGUCGUUGCCACGUCAGAUCUCACGGCUGCUGAUGAGCAAGACCACGAAGAGGAUGGGGACGCAGAUAGCGAUAACAAAGAAGGGGACGAAUUUUCUUCAGAUCUCCAGCAGAACUCCCCGCUGCCCUCCUCGUAUAACGCCACGCCCUCCCCUUUCGCGGAUUACCCCACCUCCCCUUCCGCCGCCUCCGCUUCCCCUUCCCCCUUCCGCCUUCAUGACUCUCACUCUCCCGCACCUGUCCUCGCCACCACCGGAAGCAGCUACCUCAGCGGCGGAGCGGGACUCCCGCCGCGACCCCCGGCGCCGUCGGCGUCCGCGGCGCUCCAGCCGGAACAGACGGUGCCGCAAGGGCCGCUGAAGCGACUGUCCACGCGGCGGCUGGUCGCGCUGGCGGUGGAGCGGGCGGGGGAGGUGACGUCGCGGGAAGCGCAGGAGGUUCUAGAAGCGGCGCUUUUGCGCCUAGCUCGCGCGGAAUACGAUUGGCUCGUGGCAACUAUUCAGACGGUCUCCGCAUCUGUAGCCGCAACAGCCGCCGCCGCAGCUGUAGCAGCCGCGGAGGCGCGACGGCGCGCGCGGAGGAAGGCGCGGGGGGAAGGGGAGGUGGAGAGCGCACUCGGGGGGUUUGAUUUCGCGGGGUUGAGUGCGCUGGCUUUCGGGGUAACAGGCGCGGCAGAGCAAACCCUAGCACACGUGGGUCCGUUGCCUCCGGUAGGAUUGGAUCCGUUACAAGUGGAAGAAGUGUUUGUUUUGGGGCUGGCUAUGUGGGUAGAGUUCUGGAAGGAGUGGGGGAAGCCUCCUGUGCAGCACGGGGCAGGCGGAGCUGUAAUGGGUGUCACUGGCGGGGGAGUGGGCGCAGGCGGAAGGGGCAGCGGCGGCGGAAGCGGACUCGAGGGCCAUGGCGGGCUGGGGCUGGAGUCCCCCGUCGGGGGAAGGGGGGCAGGCGGGGGGAAUGGGUCAAUCUGGAGUCAGGUCAGGGAAGAAAGCUCUGUUUCGGGAUACGUUAAUCAUGAUGCGGGGGGAGAGAUCAGCGGAGGGGGCUUUGGGGGCUUUCGUAGCGCAACUAUUGGUGGGGGUGACAGUGGGAUAGGCGGCGGAAGAGGUGGGGACGGGGGCUUUAGGAGCACAAGUCACGCGGAGAACACGGGAAGCUUCGCGGAAAGAAGAGGGUUGAGUCGCUCGGGAAGCAGGGCGAUGAGCAAGAGUCGGUCUUUAAGGGAGGCUCGGUCGCUGAAGGAACGCGGGCGCUCGUUUAGAGAACGCUCGUUAAAGGAAGGGUCGUUGAAAGACGGAGGGAGGUCGUUUAGGGAAGGAGGCGGUGGGGGAGGGGUGAUAGGGGAUGGGGGGGCUGGGCGGGGAGGGAAGCACCUAUUGUCAUCGCUCGAUUCCAUAGGGCAAAGCGAUACUGUAGAUGUGGGGAACUUUUUCUCGGUUGACUUAAGCGAUGGUGAUAGUAACGGGGGAGGAGCGGACGGGGGAGGUGGGACGGAUGGGGGAAGUGAUUGGAGUGGGGAAGGGGAGAGGGGGAGAGGGAGGGGGCUGUGGGGUGGGGUGGAGGCGAUACAAGAGGAGGAGGAAUUUGGGGACCUUGAUCUAGGGGAGGAGGAGAAAGUAUUAGGAUUUUCUUCAGAUGUAAACGACAGCAGUGUGAACAGUGACCUUGUUGAGACUGAAACGGACGAAGGAAGCCGGCCGAAGCGAGAGCGUAUGGUGACGAUUGUUGAGCCUUUAGAGAUUGAAGACCCUGCAGGUGCAGAAGACAAGGAUGUGAAUAUUAUGAACGGGUAUCACUAUAACGAGGAUUACCAUACCGAGGGCUCAGGUUUGGGUGGUGCUUCGGUGGUAGGCUCUGCGUUUGAAGCUGCGCUUCGGGCUGAGGCGGGGCGGCAGCUACAAGACAAACUGCUGGAAGAGAUUCUAGAAGCUUCCAGUGGGCGGCAGCUUACUGUAGCAACUCCUGGGCCUAUGACUGCAGCAGCAGGAGCAAGGGGCGUUGGGGGGGGAGACAGAGGAGGAGAAGCAGGGGGAGGGGUGAUAGGAAGUGCGGAGGCAUCUCAAGGGGUGGGGUCUGGUGGGAUUGGCCAGGAGGAAAAUAAGCUGGGAGCGGGAAUUAUGGUAGCAGGGCCGGGAGGCUCGGUGAUGGAAGAGGAGGCAGUUCCAAACCCGGCGCCGCUCCACGUGGACGUGGUUCGGUUGUUAGGCUUGGCAGCAGCUGCGGCGGGCCACCAGCCUGCCACCGCAGCUGUCUGCGUGCUCCGGCUGCUGGACAGGCUCGGGAAGCAGGACUGGGAGGCUCGGUACGGCAAGAAGCUGGAGGCGCGGCACGGCAGGCCCGGCGGCCGAGCCGAGCACGGAGGCUCGGAUUCAGACGAGGAGGAGGAGGAUUCGGAGGAUGAUGAGGAGGAGUCGCUUAGUCCUGGGAGUAUGGCUAGUGGAUGGACCAACGGAACAGGGCCCGGGAGCAGAACGGCAGGGGGGUUUGGUCCUGGGGGGAGCAGAACAGGGGGAAGCGGAGCAGGCGGGGGGAGCAGAGCCGGGGGGAGCAGGGCGGGGGGGAGGAGCGGGUGUGGGGACGGGGCGGGGUCGACGGCUACAGGAGGGGCUGUGGCGGAGUGGGAGAAUGCGAGUGAGGCGCAGGAGUGCCGGGAGUUUGUGCUGCAGUGCCUGCUGGAUAUGGUCGAUGCUGUUGCUCUCAAAUGCCAGAUCAGGAAGCGGCCUGGUGGGAGCUACGCUGCUGGGUAUGGGGAUGGGUAUGGGGGAAAUGUGGGGUAUGCGGGGUAUGGGGAUGUUGUGGCUGCGCCUACCCCCACGGGGCAGGUGUCGUUUAUCAAGUCGUUUGGGGGCGAUGAGGAGUUUGCUGCUCUUCUUGCUGGCUCAGCUGGUGGGGGAGCUACGGGUUUCUCUGGUUCUGCUGGUGCUGGAAUGAUAGGUUAUUCCCCUAGAGGAGCCAUGGGUUAUUCCCCUACCAGCAACAGGCAGUCGCAGUGGGGAAUCGGGGGCGACGUGCAGGGGGGGAUUGGAGAGGGCCGGACGGGGAGUGGGGUAAGUGGUGGUGGGGAGUGGUUGGGUGAGGUGGGAGGGGGACUGGAGGAAGCUGCUUGGCGGGUGGCCUUGCUUGGGGAGGAUCCGAAUCAUCAGGGGAAUACUCAGGGGCAUAGCCAUCAUGGCAUGGGGGGAGAGUCUAUGGUUCCUAGCAGCCCGUCCGGGCAGAAAAAAAAGCAUCGCAGGCAGAGAAGUUUCGUGAGCGCCUGCCCGAUUCCCGUCGUGCCCCCACCAUCCAAAGCCCGGUUCGACUCUGCUGCUGCUGCAUCAGCUGCUGCUGCGGGGGGGGAUGGGUUAGGCCCCGCUCCAUUGGUUGAGCUUGCUGAGCUGGCAGUUCUCCGCUCCAUCCUCCAAUCAUCGUCCAGCAUUAUGGGUGCAUUUGGUGCACACAUGCCUGCAGCUGCUGCUGCCACCACCAGCUCGAGCAGAACCCCCAGUAUGGAUUUCGACAGUGACCUUCAGUAUAGUCACCCCCUCUUAGUGCCCCUUCCUCAAUUCGCCAGCCCGCCUAAGCUUCGGCAAUUAGAUGGCGUUUUGGUGUCUUCCUCUGCUGGAGGUCCGGGGCUGUUGGUGCUGCUCAUAGCUACCGAGGCGGCUCGGUUGCCGAACCUAGCCCCGGACGACCUCUGGCUGCUGGCAGACCGAUCCGAGGAGCUCAGGCUCGGCGAGGCUUCGGUUCGGAUCCGCAUCCGAGCCUGUGCUUCGACGUAUGAUGAUCCCGAGGGGGUCCGGGAGACGGUUCGGUUGGCUCUGGUUCCCAAUGGUGCCGAACCUUUGCCUGGGGACGAAGAUGAGCAAGAGGAGGAGAGAGAGGAGGGAGAGGAGGAGGAUGAGGAGGAGGAAGGAGGGAGGGAGGGUAGGUGGGGAGUUGGCGAGGAGCAGUUGCAAGAGACGAAGUUACUGUGUGCGAAGGUGAUUAUGCGAGUGUCUAUAGAGCCACUGCUGAUGCAUGGGUUGGAGAGUGGGGAGAGCGAGGAGAGUGAGGAGAGUGGGGAGAGUGAGGAGGAGAGAGGGAGUGUGGGUGGUGGGAAGAGCAUCGGCCGUGCGAGGGAGUGGGAGAGUGGGGUAGGAGAGAGGUGUGGGAGGAUACAGGAAGAGGCAGAGGAGGAGGGGGAGAAGGAAGAGGGGAGGGCAAAUGGGAGAGGAGAAGAAAGCAGAGGAGGGGAAGGAAGAGGGGGGGAUGGCAGCAGGUCGGUAAGUGCCAAGGCACGGCACCAGCUGUCAGUGGUGGUCCCAGAAGGACCUGUGAAAGCCGGGGAAAGCGACGAAAUCGUCAAGGUCGGCAGCGGGAUGGGGGCUCGCAGCGGGGCGAGUGCAGCAGAACGGGCAGAGGAGGAGCGGAGGGAGAGGAGGGCGGAGAGGAGGAGGGAGAGGGCUGCGAGGAAAGAGGAGGCAGUGGCAAGGUGGGCGAGGGAGGUGGAGUAUCCAGAGGUGGAGGUGGGUUGGGCGCAGUGGAAGGCGAUUGGGAGCCUGCUGGAGGAGGAGAGGCGGGAGCACUGUGCACUGGUGCCCAUGUGGGGCAAGGCCGUCCGAGGAAGCUUCAAGGUGCGUUCCGCCUUAUCAAGACUUCUCCUUUCCUCAACUUGCCUUCUCUUCAGAAGUCCGUCUCCUCUUUCCCAGUUUCUCCCCUCUCCCUCAGUUUCUCCCCUCUCCCUCUGUUUCUCCCCUCUCCCUCUGUUUCUCCCCUCUCCCUCUGUUUCUCCCCUCUCCCUCUGUUUCCUCCCUCUCCCUUUGUUUCGUUUCCACUCCUUCAAUUCCCCUCAUCCCGACACGCCAACACCCGCUAUCACAGGCCAUUCUGCACGAUUCCACUCCACGAGACUGCUUCCUGGUCCAGCUCUUCAACUGGGGCCUAGAGGGUCUGCUCAUCUCCUUCGCCACUUCCCGUCCCUUCCCCCGCUCUCCUUCUUUCCCCCCUCUUCGCCUCCCUCACAACUGCAGGCUAUUCUACAUGAAACUGCUCCACCAGACCCCUUCCUGCUCGAGCUCUUCGACUGGGGUCUAGAGGGCGUACUCAUCUCCUUCGUCUCCUUCGCCUCGGCCACUGACCCUCGUCAACACCUCCACCCUCUUAUCUUCUCCCUCUUUCCCCUCCUCUCCCACCCAUCGCAGGCCAUUCUGCAGGACGCUGCUCCGCCAGACCCCUUCCUGCUCGAGCUCUUUGACUGGGGCCUAGAGGGCCUCCUCAUCUCCUUUGCCUCGGCCGCUGACCCCCGCCAACACCUGCACCGCCACCGCCGCUCCUCCUCUUCCUCCUCCUCCACCUCCUCUUCCCCCUCUUCCGCCUUCAAAUCCCAAGCCCAGUCCCAGUCCCGAUCCCACUCCCGCUCCUCCUCCUCCGCCCUGUCCCCGUCGCAAUCCCCCUCGCAAUCCCAUCCUGUCCCCACCUCUUCCACUGCCAAAAAGCCUCCGCUAUCCUCCUCCCCUGCCUCCGCCUCCUCCCCAUCCUCCUCCUCCUCCCCUCGCACUCCCUCUCACAAGCCUGCAAUCCCCCCGCCCCGCCUCUUUCCCCAAGCCUCUGCCGCAGCCUCCCGCGCCCGCAUGCUGAUUGGCUGUAGCGCGUGGAUUGACCAGGUUGUAGCAGUGGUCUGCCCGAAAGAAAAAGAAGUGGCAGAGCUGUUAAUGGCUGUAGCGAUGAGAAUGGCCGCCCGGGUGUUUUAUAAAUGGCCAAGGCACACGGAUAACGUGAGGUUUAUUGCGAGGUUGCUGCUGUAUGUGCAUCGGCAGGGGAUUGGGGGCAUGGGGGAGGAGCUGAGGGAGAGGGCGGCGAAGAUCAGCCGGCAGCUGUGGGGGUGGAGCUUGCCCAGCUUUGCUUCAAUUCGCAUGCAGUGUGAGGUGAGUCGGAAUGGGGGGAAGAAGGAUUGCAGGGUUGAGCUUGGGAUUCAGAAAAUAGGGGUGCGAGGGAGGUGUGGGGGAGAGAGUGGUGGGAGAGAGGGGAAGUGA